AUGGAACCAAAUAGAUUCACUCACCUCCCCCAAAACGAUGUAGGCGCCUUCUUACCGGGCGGCCCAACUCCGUCAUUCAACCCGCCCCAAACCCCCACAACAGCCAACUGCCGCCUCAAUCACCUUGCAAUUCGCAUCAAGGAUCCUUCUCGCUCCCUCCACUUCUACGUCGACCUCCUUGGUAUGCGCGUGAUCUUUUCAAUGAAUGCCGGUCCUUUCACGAUCUACUACCUCGGCCAUCCACCGCCCGAAACCGAGGAUCUGGAGAAGUGGGCCAAGACGACGAGCGAGAUUCCAGUUAUGACGCGCACGAGCGGGUUGCUCGAAUUAUAUCACGUACAUGGAACGGAGAAGAAGGAUGAUAAUGAUGAUGGGAGUAGUGUGUCGACAGGAAAUCUGCCCCCUAACCUUGGCUUUGCGCACCUGGGGUUUACCGUACCGGAUGUCGCCGUGACAGUGGAAAGAUUGAAAAAUAGCGGAGUAACAGUCCUCAAGGAUAUCGGGAUUUGCUCGCGGGAAUCGAUUCCACUGUCGGAGUGGGAGGCAGAGAGGGGAGUGGGUAGAGGGGAGAUCCAUCCGAACUAUGCUUGGUUCUUCGAAAAAUUUGCCAUGGUGGCUGACCCGGAUGGCUAUUCGGUGGAGCUGAUCCCACAGCACCUGUGA